CGAGCGAGCGGGCCGGGGUCGGAGCCAUGAAGCUGCCGACGGGAGCCGGGAGGCUGCUGAGGUUUUACUCCCUCAAAGCAGCUCCCAAAGUUAAGGCCCCUGCCGCACCAGCCGGAGUACAACUGCACCCUCAGGAGCUGGAGUUCACAAAAUUACCGAAUGGUCUGGUAAUCGCCUCCUUGGAAAACUAUGCUCCAGCCUCGAGAAUUGGGGUGUUCAUUAAAGCUGGGAGCCGAUAUGAAGAUUCCAGCAAUUUGGGGACUUCCCACCUGCUCCGUCUGGCAUCCAACUUGACGACUAAGGGAGCGUCUUCUUUCAAGAUAACUCGGGGCAUUGAGGCAGUUGGAGGAAAAUUAAGUGUGACUACCACAAGGGAAAACAUGGCUUACACUGUAGAAUGCCUCCGUGAUGAUGUGGAUACUGUAAUGGAGUACCUCCUUAACGUCACCACAGCACCAGAGUUCAGACGUUGGGAAGUAGCUGAUCUUCAACAACAGCUUAAGAUUGAUAAAGCAGUGGCUUUUCAGAACCCGCAAACCGGUGUAAUUGAAAAUUUGCAUGCUGCAGCAUAUCGGAAUGCUCUUGCUAAUUCCUUAUUUUGCCCUGAUUAUAGAAUUGGAAAAGUUACAUCAGACCAGCUUCAUCACUUCGUUCAGAACAAUUUUACAAGUACAAGAAUGGCUCUGGUUGGACUUGGUGUAAAUCAUGCUGUCCUAAAGCAAGUUGCAGCACAGUUCCUCAAUUUCAGGGGUGGGCCUGGCACUUCUGGUGUUAAAACCCAGUACCGUGGAGCUGAAAUUAGAAACCAGAAUGGCGAUAGUCUUGUCCAUGCCGCCGUUGUAGCAGAAGGCGCUGCUACUGGAAGUGCGGAGGCCAACGCUUUCAGCGUCCUUCAGCAUGUCCUUGGUGCAGGACCUCAUGUAAAGAGGGGGAGCAGUACCACCAGCAAGCUGCAUCAGGCCAUAGCCAGGGGAGCUAAUCAGCCCUUUGAUGCUUUAGCGUUUAAUGUUAACUACUCAGAUUCUGGACUCUUCGGGAUUUACACGGUCUCUCAGGCUGCAACUGCCGGGGAAGUUAUCAAGGCUGCCUACAACCAAGUAAAGGCAAUUUCUCAAGGCAACCUCUCAGAAGGAGAUGUCACAAUAGCCAAAAACAAGCUAAAAGCUGGAUACCUGAUGUUGGUGGAAACUUCAGAGGGCCUACUGGACGAAAUUGGUUCCCAGGCUCUGGCGUCUGGUUCAUAUGAAGCACCGACAGCUGUACUUCAACAGAUUGAUGCUGUGGCGACUGCCGACGUUGUAAAUGCUGCAAAGAAGUUUGUUUCUGGCAAGAAAUCAAUGGCAGCAAGUGGUAAUUUGGGAAAAACCCCAUUUAUUGACGAGUUGUAAUAUUGACAUCCACACUGUGGAGGGAAGCCAAAAGCUUGGUUCUCAACCUAAACAGACCAUUGUUGCAAAGUCGUCGGUCACAAAAAUUGUUAGUCUUUUUUUUAUUUAUGAAUUAAAAGGUGUCAGAACAUAAAACAGGCAAUCACUUUGCUCUGAAGUCAAUAAAAGGUUUCAUUUGAA